AUGUCACAACUGACAGGCGACCCGAAACAACAUGACCUGUCUUCCUUCAAGGACUCCAUGACAGGAAGCUGUCUAUGCGGCAGCAUCACAGUAACAAUCCACGACAACCUGUUCACAAAACCACGCGGCCACCUCUGUCAUUGCGAAAACUGUCGGAAAACGAGCGGCUCCAUUGCAGCUACGAAUCUUACCAUUGAAGAAGAAAAAGUGGAUGUCGAAGAUGAAGAUGGCACUUUGAAGCUGUAUGAGGACAGAGCUACCAGUAGCGGUAACGCGAUACAUCGGUGGUUUUGCGCCGUGGAUGGAAAUCCAAUCUAUUCAAAGGUCGAUGCGAUGCCUCGCCAAAUCACCGUGUCGAUGGGCAUGAUGCCUGUGAUUCCAACGCCCCAAGCGGAAGGCUUCGCCGCACAUAAGCAUACUUGGCUCAAAAGUCCCGAUAGCGUGCAAUCGUAUAAGGGUCUUCGUACUGGAGAGUUGAUGGAUGAGUAG